GGCCAAGGCCAACCACUCGCCAUGCCAUGUCGCGCCAUUGGCCGCAUCUUUCUAGGGAGAAAAUAGAGCCAAAUUCGAUAUGGGUUCUGCCCAUUCUUCAUGCUCUCUCAUCCCCACUUCCCCCACUAACCAAUUCUGCUUCCCCCCACCGCCAAUUAACUCAUCAAACUUCCGCCCAAAUCAGAAUCAAAUCAGAAAUUCAAUCAACUUCACGUCUCACCCUUUUCUUUCUUCUUCCUCUUCAAAAGUCUUGCCUUUGAGGUGUAGCAAGGUGGGUGAAUUUGAAACCCAAGUGAAGUUCUUGAAAACCAUGGCGGAUAUUCACGGCAUCGAUCAAGAGUUGCUCCAGAAGAUGGUCUACGAUGCUCUUGUUUGGAGCUCUCUGAAUGGGCUUGUUGUUGCUGACAGGUCUGUGAAGAGAUCUGGAAGAGUACCAGGUGUAGGUUUGGUUCAUUCUCCAAUUGCCUUGUUGCCGGGGUUAUUUCCUGAAACUUAUUGGACGCAAGCAUGUGAGUUAGCCUCCAUUUUUAAUGAAUUAGUUGAUCGAGUGAGCUUGGAUGGGAAAUUUCUACAAGAAUCGCUAUCCAGAACUAAGAAAGUAGAUGAUUUUACGUCUAGACUUUUGGAUAUUCAUUCCAAGAUGCUUCAGAUUGACAAAAAAGAGGAAAUUCGCUUGGGUUUACAUCGGUCAGAUUAUAUGCUUGAUGAGAAAACUAAAUUACUUCUUCAAGUAGAGCUCAACACCAUAUCAUCUUCAUUUGCUGGGCUUAGUUGUCUUGUCAGUGAACUUCAUAGUGAUAUACUUAGUCAAUACGGGGAAGUCCUUGGAUUGGACUCUAGAAAGAUUCCUAAAAACCAUGCGGUUAAUCAAUAUGCUGAGGUAUUGGCCAAAGCUUGGACUGAAUAUAAUAACGCCAGUGCUGUUAUUCUGAUUGUAGUUCAAGCUGAGGAACGCAACAUGUAUGAUCAGCAUUGGCUUUCUUAUAACUUGAGAAAAAGACAUAAUGUCAAGACUCUCCGUAAGACACUGGCAGAAAUCGAUAGGGAGGGAGAACUGCAAUCUGAUGGAACGCUCCUUGUGGAUGGCCAAGCAAUUGCAGUUGUGUACUUCAGGGCUGGAUAUACGCCAUCUGACUAUCCUUCUGAAUCAGAAUGGAGAUCAAGGUUACUUAUGGAGCAGUCAUCUGCAAUCAAAUGUCCAUCGAUAUCUUAUCAUUUAGCAGGCACCAAGAAAAUUCAACAGGAGCUUGCAAAACCAAAUGUACUUGAAAGGUUUGUAGACAGUAAAGAGGAUAUUGCAAAGAUAAGGAAAUGCUUUGCAGGGUUGUGGAGUUUAGAUGACACAGAUACAGUUAAAAAAGCCAUCGAAACACCAGACCUAUUCGUUAUGAAGCCACAAAGAGAAGGCGGAGGGAACAACAUCUAUGGUGAUGAUGUGAGGAAAGCCCUUCUAAGAUUGCAGAAGGAAGGGAAUGAAGAAGAUGCUGCGUACAUUCUUAUGCAGAGGAUAUUCCCAUCUGUUUUCCCGACGAUUUUUGUGCGAGACGGGAUCUAUCAUAAGGACCAUGCAAUUUCAGAGCUUGGUAUAUUCGGGGCUUACUUAAGGAACAGGGACAAAGUAAUUGUAAAUGACCAUUGUGGUUACCUGAUGAGAACAAAAACAUCUUCAUCAAAUGAGGGUGGGGUUGCAGCUGGAUUUGCAGUCUUGGACAGUGUCUACUUAACUUGAGUGAGAGUGCGAUCAAUCUACCCAAUUCUCCAAUGCCCCAAGUUUUAAAUUAUAGUAUGAUUAUCAUUGCUUGACAAAGGCUUUGUUUGCCAUCUGCAAAACCUUUAGAAAAUCUCCUGUAUUGGUUUAAUUUUUAGUUGCCUGAUUCUAUGAGAUUUGAUGAUUUGGUAUCCUCAGAAAAGCCAAAUUUUUCAUUACAAUUAUUUAUGCUUCAAACAAGAAUCUCAAUUCUUCAA